CCCGAACACAGACUCAGAGCGGAGGCAGACACGCGCGGUGCGGGAUGAGCGCGCAGGAUUACGCAUGCGUGACGGUGCGGGGUCGCGCGCCCUGGGGCUUCCAGCUGCGCCGAAGUGACACGGAGCCGCACCCACGUGUUCAGGUGCACCAGGUUGAAGAAGGCAGCCAUGCAUCCAAGGCUGGUCUGUGUGAGGAUGAUGAGCUCGUGUCUGUUAAUGGAGUAUCCUGCUCCAGCCUCAGCCUUGCAGAGGUUAUUGUUCUCAUUGAGAAAGCCACUGACUGUCUGCAACUGCUGGUAAAAAGAUGCUGUUUAUACCCUCAACAGAAGUCUCAGUCAGUUAACACCAAACUCCAGGCUUCCUGGAGGGAAUUGAGGGAACCCUACAAAUCUGAGCAUCAGGAUGAGACACAUUAUGGAGAGACAGACAGUGAUACAGAGUGCCCUGCAGGAAACACCAUGGUCCGAACCGAAUUUUGCAUUCCAGCUCCCAAGGACAGAGCUGGACCAGACACCUCUAGUGAUGGAGGGCGCAGGUUAGAAAUCACUCCAGGAGCUGUAGUGGAAUUGCAGUUGUCACUCUCUCAGACCACCCUGGAAGACACAGGCUGUACCUCAUUAGGAAGUGCUCGUGGAGUUAAAGGAGACUUGUGCCACCAACCAAACACUGAAAAUGACAACACUACAACUAAUGCACCAGGCUGCCCUUUCUAUAUACCAUUGCAUGAGAGAGAGCCUCUAGGUCAGCGAGGCGUGCUUGUCAGUUCUCCCUCUGCUUUGCUGGGACAGGUGGAGGUUACCAUACAGCCGUCUGGGAGGGACUCUGGAACAGAAACAGUGGGGGCCAGUGGGACUAAGGCACCAGCUAAUGAACAACAGGAUUAUGCUGAGGGAGAAGGAGGGCACACUGAGGAAGAUCCCACCUCCUUCUCUGUCUCCUUUGGAAUUCCAUCAGAAGAGGAGGACUCUGAGUCAGAAAGGGAGCUCAACAAGCCCAGCAAGCACCGGGCAAAGCACGCCAGGCUCCGCCGAAGUGAAAGCCUGUCUGAGAAGCAGGUGAAGGAGGCCAAGUCUAAAUGUAAGCGUAUUGCCCUCCUCCUGACUGCUGCUGCCCCCAACCCUAAUAACAAGGGGUUGUUAAUGUUCAAGAAGCAUAGACAAAGGGCCAAGCAGUACACACUUGUAAGCUACGGAACCGGAGAGAAUGAACCAGAAUUUGAGGACGAAGACAACGAAUACGAUGACAAGGAAACACAUGCUGUUGAGUUCACAGUUCUAGCCACCAGCGAAACUGAAAUUGAUGAAGAUUUUUUCACAAAUUCCUCAGGCCACAAGAACAUUGUAACCUUUGAUUUGGAUACUGGACUGCUCGAGAUAGAGCGCAAGCUCCACAACCAAGAGGAUAUGGAUGCACUCCCUGAAACCAAGGGCAAAGGGGCCCUGAUGUUUGCACAGCGUAGGCAACGUAUUGAUGAAAUAGCAGCUGAACAUGAUGAGAUGAGAAGUAAAGGGAUUCCUGUUGAGGGUGUCCAGGAAGCUGAGAAAAUUUACCAACAGGUGAAUCAGCAUUCUUCCAUUCAGACUAAUGACAGCCAGAAUUAUAUUGAUGUAAAUGUGCACCACCAACAGCAACACCAGCAGUACCAACAAUACCAAGAACAGCAUUAUCAGCAGCAACAGCAGCAUCAAUAUCAAGAAUACCAACAGCAGAUGCAGUACCAUCAGCAGCAACAGCAUUACCAGCAACAGCAGGAAUGCCAGCAGGGGCAACAAUAUCAGCCUCAACAGUACCAACAACAGCAGCAAGUGCAACAAUACUUUCAUACUAUGAAUGGCGUGUCUAGUCACCAAACGAAUGUAGUGCAAUCAUCAGUUAUUAAUAGAAGUGCCAAACCAUUCUCAGUUCAGAAUAGAGCAGCAGCCCCAUUUUCCCCGUCUGCAAACCAAGAGCAGUCUUAUUAUUCAGAUGGACAAGGGGAACAAAUUGCUUCCAGAGAUGAGCGAAUUUCUGUACCUGCAAUCAAAACAGGAAUCUUACAAGAUACAAAGAGAAAGAACAAAGGUAAACCCAUGUUCACUUUUAAAGAGCCUCAAAAAGUUUCUCCAAAUCCAGAGCUGCUGAAUCUUCUCAACAGGAAUGACAAGAAGACAGGCUUUGAUUCUGGAACAGAGGAGGAUUAUCUAAGCUUGGGGGCAGAGGCCUGCAACUUUUUACAGUCCACUAAAGUAAAGAACAAAACCCCACCACCAGUUGCUCCCAAACCUCAGAUACACCCAGUUACUCCUCCAUGGUCACCACAACCAGAAAUUGCAAGCCAGCAAUUUCAUCAAGAUGCUGAAAAUAACAUCCCUGUAACUGCCAGGGAACCUGUCCCUGAAAUGGAGUCCUCAGCCAUACCAGAAGAAGAACCGUCCACAGCACCUGCUUCUGAUCAACAUGAAGCUUCUACCAAACUCCACUCACAGGUUCAACCAGAAGCAGUUAAUGCAUGGGGUCUAUCUGAGACACAAAUACAGUCGGGCCAGCAAAUAGAUUCUUGGCAUGAGACUCAAUCUCAGCCACAGUUACACACAAAGCCAGAGCCUGCUGUUAGCUCUUGGGGUCCUUCUUCAACUCAGGCUCCUGAGCAGCCACCAGUAACUGCUUGGGGUCCAGCUGAGGUUCAGUCACAAGUCCUUGCCCCAAAUCAGUCACAGAUGCAGCCAUCUUGGGUGACACAAUCUCAAGUCCAUUCAGAAGUGCAACCACCCGCAUCUGUUCAAACACAGUCACAGCCCCAGCCUUCCUGGGUGACCCAAAGUCAACCCCAACAUCAACUCCACCCUCAGUCUCAAAUUAAUACAUGGGUAACAGCUCCAACUCAAUCACCACAGCAACCCCCAUGGGCCCAAAAUCAAGUGUCAGGACAGGCCUCUGUCAGUUCUUGGUCCCAAGAUCUAAAUCAGCCCCAAGUACAGCCAUCCUGGGCCCAACAGCAACAAGAAUCUCAACCAAUACCACAUUGGACAGCCUCUCAACAGCAUCUCCAGUCCCCUUGGAUUCAACCUCAAAGCCAGCCACAGCCUCAACCAACUUGGGUCUCUCAGACCCAACAGCAAACCCUGCCACAACCACCAGUAAAUACAUGGAAUCAAUCUCAGAGUCUAGCUCAUACACAGCCACCAUGGACUCAUCAGGCUCAACCAUCCUCUCAACCUACAGCACAAAUGCAGCAGCAACAGAAUCCUUGGACUUCAGUACCCCCCCAGUCACAACCACAACCAACAUGGGCACAACAGCCUCAAGAGCAUCCACAGCAAACAAUGAAUUCAUGGGCACCAGAGCAGAACAAAAUGCAGCCACCCUGGAGUCAGCCACAAUCUCCAGCUCAGGCACAACCUCCAUGGUCUCAUCCACCUCAGCAACAGACCCCACCACAGUCUCAGUCUCAAACAGCUUUAAGUACAUGGACACCACGACCCCAGCAAGGUCCAGUCAUUACCAUGGGUUCUACUGAAAGUCAGAAACUGGCUCAGCCAUUCAAACCUUGGAGUGCACCUCAGACCUCUCAACCUCCUCCUCCACAUCAACUGAACUCAAAUACACCUAGAUCAAGGGUACCUUCACACAUGCCAGCAAGUACAAUGCCUGGAAUGGGUUCAGCCUCUGGAAUGGGUUCAGCUUUUGAGAUGCCAGCCUUGCGAGGGAAAGGUGCUGAACUUUUUGCUAAGAGGCAAUCCAGAAUGGAAAAGUAUGUGGUGGAUUCUUCUACAGUGCAGGCUAACAAGGCACUUGGAAGAAGCUCCUCACUAUCGCCUCCUGUUAGACUGUCACCACUGGGCCUUGGUUCCAGGUCUGCAUCUGUUUCUCCGUCACCUACACCUUCAUCUCACGCAACCUACACCUCUCGUUCAACAGAGAGACAGGUAUUCUGGGUGGAGAAGGGACGCAAGCCCCCAACCCCAUGGGAGGCAGCAUCACGCCACCCACUGGGUCUAGUGGAUGAAGCCUUUGCCCAUCAGGACAUGCAACACUCUAUUGCUUCUAAUCUGCGCUCAGCAGCCCAUCGCAAAAUGCUACCCGAACCUCCGGCUGAGUGGAAGGCCAAGGUUGCAUAUGAGUCUCCACCAAAGAGCCAGGGCUGGAGAAUGAAUCAAUCAUCUUUGUCUUUCCUUUCCCCAACCAAAAGCACAGUAUCUGCCCCUGCUGCUCCGGUACCAUAUGGAUCACCUUUGAGGCAGUCUCAGCCACCUAGAUCUAUGACUGAGGCCAGUCUUGGCUCCUCUAUGUCUGGGCUACAGUGCAGAAGGCCUUUGGGACAGUCAGUAUAUAGAAGCACAUACAGUAACACCUGGAGAUGGUAAAUUCAUGGUAGCAUUUUUAAUACUUGGGCUUCGAAAGUCAGUGCAAAUACAGCAGGUUCUGAAUGCUUUUGUACAGAGUUGUUUUUAAAAGUAUCCUUGAAAGAACUUACCAGGCACUGUAAUUUCUAAAAAGUAGAAGAGCAGGUUCGAACAGUGUUGAAAUGUUGUUUAUUGGGGGAUUUAGAAAAGUCUGAAAGAUGGAAAUGUUAGGUGCAGAAUAACAGUUUGUGAUGAAUAACAUGCAGCUGGUGAUGAGGCAUGAACCUCCAAAUGCUUGAAAUAUUGUCACGCUUCAAUAUUGUAAUACAGUACGAUGUGUAUACAUUACGUAAAUACAGUAUACUACUGCCAGCUUUGUUACUAUAUGUUUUCAUAUACACAAUAAUCAAUCAUACAAUUAACGAGGCCUAUUGGUGAAAGAUUGAUGAGACUAGAUUAGAGGUUUCAUGGAAAAUGCUCCAUAUUUCCACAGCGCAUUAGUGGCAUAUUAAGUACACAUUCCAAAUUUCGACAUCACAUAAGUGGUAUGUCAAUGUGAUUUAAAAAGGUAAAACCAGUUCAGAAACUUAAAUUAACAUUAGGCAAUGUUAAGUAAUGCCUUUGUUAACAUGAACAACAGACAAGCUACCACUUUAGUAAUGGCUACUUCAUGUUUAGUGUUGACUAGUUAACAUUAAAUAAUGCAUUUCUUAACAUGAAUAACAUCAAUUAAAUAAAAUGAAUGCAUGUUUAGUAAUACUUAUUAUUAAACAUGUUUAAUAAUACUUAUUAGGUGGUACUGAUGCAUUACUCCAUCAGGAUUUUGUUUUCACUGUACUCCAGGCAUAUUACAUACAGUGAACAAACACUCAUUGCUGUUUACUAAUGGUUAACAGGUGGUAGGGAUACAUUACUAAGACAUGAUCAGAACCUGUAAGCAGUUUCCUUUUUAAUGCAUAAAUUAUUUCUAUCUUGCAAUGUAAUACCACCAAAAUGCUAUUUUAAUAUUGGCUAUGUACACCAUUAGCUAAUGCAGUUAUUACUUGUCUAGUUAACAUGAACUAACCAUCAUUGAAGCAGUAUCCUGUGUGUUGUUCAUAGUAUUACUUUAAUGCUAUCUAAUGUUGGUUAGGUCAACUUUUAUUGUAACCACAGUGUUACCACAGUUUCUUAUUUCGUAUAGGCUUAUGUUACAUUAAGCAUUUUUCUUCUCAUAGGGUUGAAAAUGCAUGCAUUCAUACACAUACAUUCACAUGAACAAACUUGUGAAAGUUUUAUUGUUGUGGGUCUAUGAAUUAAGCUGAAACCUUGGAAUUAUUGCAAUGUAGUUAGGUGACAAAUUAUGUUACAGACAGGUGACAAAUUAAAGGAAAAACCUACAUAAAGGACCCAUUUGAUUGUUUUGGAGAGCGCUGUCUAACACGUCAGUCCAAAAUCUCCCAUUAGUAUUCAAUUAGGUUGAUAUCUGGUGAUGACAUAGGAUUUACAUCAUUUUCAUCCUCAUCAAAAAAUUCAGUGACCCCCUCAUGCCCUGAGGAUGGGGGUGGAGUCAUCCCAAAAGAGACCACACCUAUGAGGAUAGAAAUGUUUCUUAGAGUAAAUGUGAUCAGUCAGAGUAGGUUUUCAUUGAUUUUCAGUCAUCCUUUCGUCUAAAGGGACAAGUGGGCCAUAACCCAAAAAAUAUGUCAGCAAAAUAUCCCCCACAGCAUAACAGCCACUGAUUUUUUCCCUUUAAUCUGUCUACUGUCUGUAGUUGUUACAUAAGUCUGGAUUUUAUUUGCUACACAAGGUGUGUCACUGUUAAGUGCACCCAGUUAAGCUACCACAGCCCCUGUAGCAAUUUUGUUCCAUUUAUGUGAGUUUCAAGCCACAGAAAUGUGUUGUGUGUUUGUGACAUUAUUUUAGCACAGAGUUUAAUUUGUCAAGGGUGACAACUUGUGCCUUUCUUUUUUUUUACGUCACAGUCAUUUUUUUUUUAUGUCACGGUCAUACCAAUUUUCCAACAUUGCAUGCUCUCGUACUGUGUUUAGUGCAAAAGAUUUGCAUUAGUCACUGAAACUGACAGUGUAUAGUUUAUCAGUUGUUAGUUAGCUUUUAGCACUUCCUUUGCCAGAGACAACAUUUGUGAGAAAAGCACUUCUGAAUCCACAAUUAAAUUGAGAUUUGAAGUUCA